AUGUCUUCAUCUCCGAAUAAAAUUGAUAAAAUUGAUUCCUCUAUUGAUGUCAAGCCGAAUAAAGAAUCAAUCAACGAAAACAGUGACGACGAUGAUUUUGUUUCUUUUUUACCAAAAAAAAAGGAAAUUAAAUCAACAAUAGAUUCAUUAAUCUCAGCAGAGAAUGAAAAUACUGACAGGAAAAAUUCUUCUACUUCUUCAGACGAUCUAAUUGAUGAUAAUGAUGAUGGCGUUGAGUCUGAUGAUUCGGAUUUCGAAAAAUUAUUAAGAAUUGCCAGCAGUUUUUGGGAUGAUAAACCUGCGGCAAUUUCGAAAUUAAAAACCGAAGUUGAAAAAGGUUUAAUUGAAAAGUGUUCCAAGAAAGCUAUUAAUAAUGACGAUGAGGAAGAAAAGAAUGAAGAAAUUUUGGAUGAAAAAUCGGAAAAUGUCAAACAGAGAGGCAGAGGAGCCAGAAAGCGUUCAAUAAAAACUGAUAAUAAUACUUCAAAAACAAAAGGUGAGCCUGCAAAAAAGAGAAAAGUGCCUGCGAAAAAAUAA